AUGCGGGCAGAUAGACAGAAAGAUGAGAAGACGAAGGUGCAGAGGAACGGACAAACGUCCACGCGGAUGGACGGACUGACAGACGAAAGGGCAGACAGACAGAAGGAAAGGCGCAGGGACCAACUGACAGAUGGAGAGAGGGACGGGUGGAGGGACGGACAGACAGACAGAGAAAGAGACGGGCAAAGGAACGGACAAUCAGAUUUCACAGAGACUUUCCAGAAUUCGUGUUCCUGUCUAAAAGAAAUUCAGAGAACAAAUAGUGGAAAAUUUUUGUGCAAGAUCCUUGUGGGUGGUUUAGGGAACCACAUGUUCCAGUAUGCGUCCUUAUACGGUAUUGCCAGAUCAAAGGGAAUGAUUCCCUUAAUAGACGCCCGUGACGUCAUCAAUGACGUGUUUGAGACUUGGGCUUUGAAGAGGAGUGAUCGCAAUAAGUCAGUCUGUUUUGGAAUGCCAAAUUAUUCUGAAAAAAGAUCUUCUGCCUUCGACAACGCAACCGUGACAUUCCAGAGCGAUCAACACACACAUCUUUAUGGCUACCUUCAGUCAUUCCUUUACUUCGCUACAUACGAACAGGAACUGCGAUGUCAGUUUAAAUUCUCAUAUGACGUCACCAAACGCGCAGAAGAACUACUUUCAAGGCAUUUGAAAUCCUUGCGCAUCGCGAACGCCCAAGCUGUAACACUUGUAGCGGUUCACGUCCGGAGAGGAGACAAACUUUCGGCGGCUGUAAAAUCUGUCGGUGGGACUGUUGCUCCAAAGGAAUACAUUUUAAAAGCUAAGCAGUACUUCAUUAAAAAGUACGGUCGAGUUGUGUUUGUCGUCUGCUCGGAUUCCAUAGACUGGUGUACAGAGAAUAUCCCCGGAGAAAACACCGUGUUCGUCCGCGGCCAGAGCGCCGUGGAGGAUUUGGCAGUGAUGUCGCUGUGCCAGCACGCCAUCAUGACGGUGGGAACGUUCGGCUGGUGGAUGGCGUGGCUGGUCAAUGGCGACACCGUGUACUACAGCCGCAGGUUUCUGCCGGGAUCCAGGCUGUCGCAGCAGUGGAACCUCUCCCACCAUUACCCUUCACACUGGAUCCCAAUGGAAUAA